GACGAGGACGAUGACUUCGACGACGUGCCGCUGCAGCACCAGCGGCCGUUUGGAGCUGGGCUGCAUAGGAAACCCAUAGCCUUCGUCUCGGCGACUGGCGAGAGCCAGCUCAAGUCAGUCGACGACAACGCGCCCGCGGACAAGCCCAAGACAGAUGUGGCAGACCUGUACCUCAGCAUGGUCCUGCCCGAGGACAGCGCGCGGUCCAAAUCAGCGCCGCCGGCCGCAAGCCGCACCAGAGAAGACGACGGCCAACCGCCGCCGUCAGAAGAAACAUGCGCCGUCUGCAACCUGCCCGUCGGCGCGGACCGGGCAUCGCACGAGCAGUCUUUCGCGCACCAGGUCUGCCUGCCGCACUCGCAGCCGCCGUCCGCCCUGGACCGCUCCCGCAUGGGGCUCGCCUACCUGGCCGCCUACGGCUGGGACCCCGACGCGCGGAAGGGGCUCGGCGCCGCGCAGCAGGGCAUCCAGUACCCGAUCAAGCCCAGGCCGAAGGACGACAACCUCGGCGUCGGCAUGCACGUGCCCAAGGGGCAGCCGCCGCCGCCGCCGCCCAAGAAGAAGGAGCAGCUGCUGGACGCCAAGAAGGUCCGGAAGAUGGCGCUCGACGAGAAGAAGCGGGCGGCCCGGAUCCGGGAGGAGCUGUUUGGCGACGGCAGGCUGGAGAAGUACCUCGGCCCGGGCGCG